AUGUCGCCGCCGUUUAGCAGAUGGGAGGCUAUUUCAGCCGGCCUGACGUCGAGAAAAGUGCAUGGAGCGUUAGAGUCGCUUGCCAAACGAAUCGAUAUCCCAUUUACGAGCAUGACGACCCCUAGUCAGAUAGAGGCAAGCACGCAAGAUCCGUUUAACGAAGCUUCAAAAUAUGCUUUGGGAUGGGUGUACUUCUCAAUUGUGCUGCUCGUAUUUACUUUCGUUAUCAGAUCGUACCACAUUUGGGGUGACAAAAUCCGGGCUGCACUGUACAAAGAGGAGCUAAGGACUAUCGAUAAGGCAGUGGAAUCCGACCAGGAGAUGGUUACACCCGCUACAGCCAACUCUACGAGCAGCUUUUUCCCCGUUCACGGUGCUCUACCUCCUCCACCUAAAAGAGACUCAUCCAUCGUGAAAAUACGCUGGCUGAACUAUACCAUCGCCUUCGUGCGGUGGAUCUUUUACCGACCCUUACCUGUCAUGAGAAUAUGGAAACUGGAAAUCGUUCCGCCGCCGCUCGCAGCCAUCGUUAUUGUCAGCUUUGCCCUGAUCUUCGUCACCUUGUAUAGUUUCCUACCGCAACCACUUUUCUACAAAAGCAUCAAAGACGGAUCUCCUCCCUUGGCUAUUAGAGCGGGGAUGAUUGCUGUUUCGCUAGUUCCUUGGAUCGUUGCUCUGAGUAUGAAGGCCAAUCUUAUCAGUAUGCUCACUGGUAUAGGGCACGAACGACUUAAUGUCCUUCACAGAUGGGCGGGAUAUAUAUGCAUGUUUCUGGCUCUGGUCCAUAUGAUUCCGUUUUAUAUUACACCCGUUUGGGAGGACGGUGCCCUAGAAUUGUUUCGCCAAUUCAUAAAGGGAGACUUUUACAUAUACGGCUCGGGGCUGGCAGCCCUGGUUCCACUCGGAGUUCUUUGCCUUCAUUCUCUACCCUUCCUCCGAAAUCGAAUGUACGAACUAUUUGUCACGAUGCACGCUCCGAUAGCGAUGGUUUUCGUCGGCAUGAUGUUCUGGCAUUGCGCCAAUUUUUUGACCUCCUGGCACUAUCUAUUUACGACGGUGGCUAUUUGGCUGGUCUCUUAUGGCAUUCGCCUUUUCUACUUGAACUGGACAAACCCGUUUCGCCUUUCGUUCUUAAUUGGUGAAGAAUCUGCCGUCACGAUCCUUCCCGAAAAUGCGGUCAAAGUCACCAUUCCGACUCAAAUGAGAUGGAGACCAGGCCAGUACGUUUAUUUACGAAUGCCAGGCAUCUCCGUUUUUGAAAACCACCCUUUUACCAUCGCUUCUUUGUGCAGUGACGAUUUCCCGUCCAGCUACGGCGAGGAAUACCGGGAUAUGACCCUUGUUUUUAGGCCCUUUAGCGGCUUCACAAACAAAGUACUGAAUACCGCUCUAAUCAAAGGCCCUUAUAAAACUUACCGUGCAUUUAUUGACGGGCCAUAUGGUGGCAUGCGGCGAGAACUUGCAGCCUUCGAUCAUGUCGUCUUUUUCGCCGGUGGGAGUGGUAUUACCGCCAUCGCAAGUCAGCUGUUGGAUCUUAUAAGGCGGAUGCGUGAUAGAAAAGCAUUAACUCGGACAGUAAGGGUUGUGUGGGCGUUAAAAAGACCGGAAACGAUGGAAUGGUUCAAGGAAGAGUUGCGUAUUUGUCGAGAAUAUGCGCCUCCUGGCACUGUUUGCUGCCAGUUCUAUAUUACCGGCUCAAAAAGAUAUACGGAGCAGCCCACUCCUUCUCGGCCUCAUAGCGGCGCUUUCCAUGACAAAAUCAACGAUGUUUUUCAAGGCGUUGCUAGCAAACGGACUUCGGCCUUUAUUCGCGAAGAAGCGGCUGGAGACGAAGAAAGGGAAAACGAACUCCGCCGAGAGAAUGAGGAUACGAUCGCUGCCCUUCCAUCCGCAUAUGUUCCGCCUCAACGCUCAUACGGCUGGAAUUUUCCCACUUCCCCAGUCGCUGAACAGGAGAACAGCGCCAACAGCAUGAACUUUGGGUUUCCUAGCACGCCUACUUUGCUUCAAAAGAAUCUAAUGCGUUUUGCAUUUUUCCCGACACAGAAACGAGGCGGAUGGAGAACAGAAUAUGGUCGUCCAGAUAUCCCGUUUAUGUUGCGGCAGUACUCAAAAGACUUUGGGCGACGAACUUGUGUUUUCGUGUGCGGCCCACCAACGGCGAUGGCUAGCGCUAGCAAAGACGAUUCCAACACGAAACCUACCACCACGCCCACGCCAUUCCUUUCGCUCUCACCCGCGCACCUUGCUCGACUCCAACCGCACACCUAUGUUUACGCACAUCUAAACCCCUCGCCUGACAGUUCACGGCCCUCGGUGCGCAUAAAUGGUCGAACGGAAUUUCAAUUCCGUCCCGUGACUGUAAACACCGGUUCCUUGACUCACGCGAAUGGCAGCGCCGUGGUGCGCAUUGGCGACAUGACUGCGGUGUGCGCAGUCAGAGGGGAGAUCUUAUCUACGAAUGAUAUACCGGCGUGGAAGGUUUCCAGCGGUUCCACCGAGGAUAGAAAUAAAAAGGGCGAUGAAGGAAAAGAGGCCGAAGAAGAGGAAGACGACUCGGAAAUUCAUACGUUCAAUCUCCUAGUUCCCAAUUUAUCACUGAGCACGGGAUGUUCGCCGUCCAUACUCCCUGGUUCCGCGCCUACGUCGCUCGCGCAAUCUUUAUCUCACAGACUUUUGUCUCUCCUUCACUCUUCGCGGUUGAUACGUGCUAGUGAUCUGCGAAUCUGGUCAAAUCCGAAUCCCACGCAGGCUCAGUCUCAAGAACAGCAUGAGGAUGCUGAAAUGGAGAAUACAUCCGUAACUAGCUUGCCCGAGACCCCAGAAGUCAAAGGCUUCUGGACACUAUACAUUGAUGUUCUAAUAAUUUCCAUGGCGGGGAAUCCCUUCGAUGCUGCCUGGGCAGCUAUCAUUGCGGCAUUACGCGACACACGCCUUCCUAAAGCAUGGUGGGAUAUCGAGAAUGAGAUGGUCCUUUGUUCAGACCGUGUUUCGGAUUCACGAAAGUUACAGCUACGGGGAAUGCCCAUACCAAGCUCCUUUGCUGUCUUUGAGGCCGACCCCGUGGGAGAUUGGAGGAAGGUUAUGCUCCCGGCUCGGAACGGGAAAACAAAAGAUCAAGGUCAGAUCAAGAGAUGGAUUCUUGCCGAUCCAGAUGCGUUUGAGGAAUCGUUAUGCCAGGAACGUUUUUGUAUUAUGGUGGACAAGGACGCGGACAAGCCGGAGGGGAUGAAGAUUCUGAUGAUGGAAAAGAGUGGAGGAUUUUAUAUCGGGAAAGAUGAAAUGACAGCACUAGCUCACUUAGCCACGGGGAGAUGGGAGGAAUGGAGAGCGUUGUUGGAAGGCUUGGGGUGA